AAAAAAAUGGAAUAAUAAAAAGAGUGUGACCUCUCUUGAUUGUUUUGUACACAAACACACACUAAGCUAGUGAAAGAAAAGGAGAUAUCAGAUACACUACCAUGUGAUUUUCCUUCUUUCUUUACCUUUUUUUCCCUUUUCAAACACCCAACCUUCCUUAAAUUCUUUGCUGGUUACACUUAAUUCAUGACCCUACCUUUGUACAGAAGUAGUUCAUGCUUUGCUUCCAUUUCUCCAUUAAAAUACAAAUCUCAUUCAAUUCAUAAGGGACCAACCAACCUAUAAAUUUAUCUCUCAAAAGAAAUCUAAUGCUUAGAAUGUGAUGAUGAGUGCCAACCCAGAUGAUCAUGAUAACCACAUCAUGUCUCAAGAUCAAGAACAAGAACAGCAAUCAAUUAGUUGGAAAGUUUACCAUAAUCCCAUUUAUAUUUCAUCUAAUUACAGUUAUAAUCCCCUGAAACUGAAACAUAAACAGCUUCAGAGAAAGUAUAGUGCUAGUGCUAAAUACAUUCAUGAUCUCCAUUCAGAUCUAAAAAUGAAUGUGGGUUUUGAUCAUCAACUAAAUCUAGCAAAAACCCAGAUUUCAGAAUUGAAAUUAGAGCUAGAAAUGGAGAGAAAAUUGAGGAAAAAGAUGGAAACUUUGAACAAGAAUUUGUCAAAAGAGUUAGUUAAUCAAGUUGAGAAGGAAAAAAAGUGUGUUUGUGAAGAUCUUAAUAAGGAAAUUUCAAGACUUAAAGAAGAAAUGGAGAAGAUGAAGAAAGAAAUGGAAGAAGAAAGGAAAAUGUUAAGAAUGGCUGAAGUUUUAAGAGAAGAAAGAGUUCAGAUGAAAUUAGCUGAUGCACAUAUGUUUUAUCACAACAAAUUUGUUAAUCAAUCAUUAACAUCAGAUAAUUACAAUAAUGUUGAAGAAUCAAAGAGAUUGCUGGGUUUAAUUGAGCAUAGAACAACUGGUAAGACUGUAAAUUUGCAGAGAAAAGCAUCUCCAGAAGCUGAAAAUCCUCAUAUUAAGCAAGGAAUUAAGGGGUUUGUGGAGUUUCAAAGAGCUAUUAAGGCUAAGAAUGGAUCUAAUAAUAGUAGUUCUACUUCUUGUAGUUCUAAUGGUAGUAAACAGUCCAAAGAUUUGGGUGGUGGUUUUAGUAAGCUUGAAUGUCAAAAAGCUCAACUAAAAGUUUUGUUCAAGCAUAAGUAUCCUCUUCCUUAUUCACAUCAUGAUCAUCUUAUUCCAAGUUAGAUUAGGUGGGUAUUCGAUUUUGUCUGGGUUGCUGUUCGUAUCACUUUGCUCGGGUAAGAUAUGGGUUUACAUUCAAUUCUUGCUUUCAACUCUCUUUCUCAACCUAUCCUGUAAUACGGUAAAAAAAAAAAUAAAUUAGAUUAUUUCAUUGAAUAUGAUGAAAAUUAUGUUUGAGGGUAUAAAAAUUUCUUUGAUUUGGAUUAUGGGGAUAAUUUAAUUUAGAUGUUACUGUUUUGAUGAUUGUACAAGUUGUUUAUGGAAGUAGAAGUAUAUGAAGUAUUUAAUAAUAUAAAUA